CACUAUACGAAAGAAUAUCGUCUACAAAAUGCGAAGAUGCGGUCAAUAUUUUUUUUACUUUUCAAUAACUCAAAAAAAAAAAAGUUAAAUUUAAAGUGAUUUUUUCCCGCGGUUAAGUUGUGCAUUACGUACGUCAUGAUGACGUACGUAACGCUGACCAAUGGGAUCAGCGUAGCGAUGUGGCAACUCCGCUCACGCUGCUUUAAAGUUAGACGACAUCGGUAUUUAGCCAUCUUGAAUUCUUGUUGGGUUAUGAUAGGUUAGGUUUAUUUAUGUUUGGUCGAUCUUAGUGUUAACGUUUUUUAAUUUGCUCUCAUUGAAGCUUAAAAUAAUUUAAAAAGUUAGUCGUUUCCAUUAUUUGACAUUGUUUGUUUAAAGACGGUGAGUAGAAUUGGCCGUUUAAUAUUUACCACUUACCAAAACCUUUUACAGCGACUUACAACUUAAAAUUGUGUAGGAAGAUUAUCUGGGAAAAUACGGCACAGAAUAAAUAGUCACAAUGGAAAGUGAAUAUGAGCAAGCUACUUCUACCAAUCUCCCUGUAGUUGAUGAUGUAAUGAUAGAUUUGUAUUAUCGAAGAAAUGUGAAUUUUCUGAUACCAGGUGUUGAAAAUGUGAAAACCGAACGUGGAGCUCGUGCAACUUACGGCGACGAUGCUGUUGGUUAUGUGCAGUUGAGACGACACGAUGAGAUUUGUACUGUCAAAGCUUUGAUUGCACCAGAACAUAAAGUUCGCCUAAAAGGCUAUGAAGUUUCAGUAACAAUAAAUGAGUCUGAACAAUGCAUAAUUGACUCAAAGUGUUAUGACUGUGCUGCAAGUGAAGGUGGUUGUAAACAUGGUGUAGCCUUACUGUUCUGGUUAUACAGACGCACCUUGGAGCCUUCAGUGACUUCUGUUGAAUGUUAUUGGAGGAAGUCUACUCUGUCUAAAGUUGGCAGUACUAUAAAAGGGCAAAGAAUGAGAGAGUUGUUUAAUUUUCGGCAAGUUCCUUCUUUACCAACAAAAGGGACGGCAUUUUUGGACAAAUUAAUUUCUACCGCAUUAAAAUCAGAUAGUCAUUCAAUUCUUGCUAAGAUGUAUAAGAGUGAAGUGAAUAUUUUGGAGAAAGCUUCGUUGUACCAUUUAUGUCUUUCUUAUAAAAAAACGACUGAUGCACCAGAUGCAGAAGACUUCAUAUCGUUUUGCCAAAAUAAUUUAAAUAGUGAAAUUUGCAAAAGUAUAAAUACUUUAACAAUAUUGCAGUCACAAUCUAAAGCCUGGUUUGAUGUUAGAUAUGCGAGAAUAACAGCUUCAAAACUGCAUGAAGUUGCUCACUGCAAAACUGUUGAUGGAGCUAUAACUGCUGCAGUUCUGGCAGCAUCAAAAUUUAGAGGAACAAAGGCCAUGAAAAGAGGCCUUAACCUUGAAGAAGAUGUCUUAAAAGUCAUAGGUGAGAAGAAAAAUAUUAAAUUAGAAAGAGUAGGAAUGACCAUAAAUCAUAUGUACCCAAUAUUUGGUGCCUCGGCAGAUGCAAUGUCUGAUAAAUAUUGCGUUGAAAUAAAAUGUCCAAUAAAGACAAAUACUGUAAAAAAUUACAUUACGCCAGAGGGUGAAAUAACUCCUAAACCAUAUGCACAACUGCAGCUGCAAAUGUUUCUUAAUAAAAAACAAUGGGGUUUAUUUUGUGUUGCAUCUCCAUCUUUUGAAACGGACAGAAAUGUGACUAUAAAGGAAAUUCCUUUGGAUGAAAAUUUUUGUCACAAUGUAAUGGAGCAGGCACAAGCUUUUUGGAAAAAAGCGAUUUUUCCAAUUUUAAUUAACUGACGUUUUCAAUAAUUAUACUUAUUUAUUUCAUAAUUAUUUCUUAUUCAUUUCAAUAAUAAAUAAAUCUAAAUCCCGUUAUACCCCAAUCCCCUAGUAUCAAUAAAAAAAAGU